GCUUGCCUCGCGGUCCCGCUGCAGAACCCGAGCCAUAAAAACCCGGGAGAGCUGACAGAGCUGGAACCCGCCCGGUACCAAACUUGGCAAACCGGAGAGCUGAGCGUGAGCCCCGCGCACCCGCGGCUCCUCCGGGCAGCCGGGAUGAAGCGGUGAAGUGAGUGCCACGAUGUGCUGGAUGCGGGAAUGAGGCACGGGAUCCUCCCUGCGGGCACUCCCAGAGGCUCGAAGGGGACGCAGCCCCGCCGUGCCUGCCCUGCCUGCGGCCGGAGGGGAGCCCAGGAGCCGAGGAGGCGGCCGGGGAGGAGCGGGCAGCGCCCGGGCACGGCGGAAGAGGAGGCGGCUCCUUCCCGCUGCGGCCGGCCCCGAGCGCCCCGAGCGGGACACGAAAAUGAAAGUAGCGCCCUGGAAGGAGCUGCCGUCCCCUGCUGGGAGGGAGAAGCUGCCGGCACGGAGCCUGGAGGAGGAGGAGGAGCUGCAAGGGCAGAACCUGCACCAUGACCAGAAGUUCUCAGACCUCGCUGACUCACCUGCCUCCCUUUGCUUCAAGCACUCGAAAUAGGAGAAGCAAGGAAGAUGCUCCAGGAUUCAUGGGACAGAUUCUGAGGGGCGCCAGUAGAUCCCGACCAUGAUCCUGGACCUGGCCAGCGCCUUGUACAGGAGACCCCUGAAAUGGAUUUUCCUGUGGCUGCUGGUGUUUGCCCUGACAACCAUGUGGUACAUAACCUUCUCCUCCAGGGCUGGCCUGGAGAACCUCAACCCUCUGUACUUCUACGAGCACGAGCCCGUGUACCGGCGGCCGCGCCCGUUCACGCUGCGCGAGCGCCCGCGCUGCGCCGACCUCCGCCCCUUCCUGGUCAUCCUGGUGGCUUCCAGCCCCGGCGACCUGAAAGCCAGGCAGGCCAUCAGGAUCACGUGGGGCUCCCGGGAUUCCUGGUGGGGCCAGCACAUCCUCACCCUGUUCCUGCUGGGGCAGGACACGCAGAGGGAGGACAGGGCGGCGGCGCUGGCGGUGGAGGACGAGAGCAUCCUCUACGGGGACAUCAUCCGCCAGGAUUUCGUGGACACUUACGACAACCUCACCCUGAAGACCAUCAUGGCGUUCCAGUGGCUCGCCGAGUUCUGUUCCAACGCCAGGUUCUUCAUGAAGACCGACGCCGACGUCUUCAUCAACACUCCCAACCUGGUGAAGUUCCUGCUGCAGCUGAAUUCCUCGGAGAACGUUUUCACCGGCUACCCCCUCAUCGAGAACUUCGCCUACAGAGGCUUUGACAGGAAAAGGUACAUCUCCUACCAGGAGUACCCCUUCAAGCUGUAUCCUCCCUACUGCAGCGGCCUGGGCUACAUCCUGGAUGGAAAACUGGCUCUGAGGACUUACGAGCUGAUGGGCCACGUCAAGCCUCUGAAAUUCGAGGAUGUUUAUGUGGGAAUUUGCGUAAAUAUCCUCCAAGUCAACAUCACCAUUCCGGAAGAUGCGGAACAAUUCUUUCUCUAUAAAAUCAACUUCGAUAUCUGCAAGUACAGACAUUUGAUUGCAGUUCAUGGCCUUACAUCAAGCGAACUGGUCCAGUUUUGGCAGGAUUUGUCAUCCAGCACUUCAGAAACUUGCCUUUGAUGGUGGAUUUAUUUAGAAAUUUCAGUUUGCUGUAAGAGUGGCCUCUGGAGAUGAACUCUGACUGCAGGGGCAGCGUUUCUCUGGGGCAUUCCAGUGCUCUUCAGUGAAAACAGGGGCACAAAGCACUUUUCCAGGUGUGCAUCCCACACCCAGAGGGUGCCUUGGAAUGCUGUGUCCCUCUGCCUCUGAGCAGCCCUGGGAUUUCUCCCUGAAUCUUCUGGAAUGCAACAGAUUCCACCGAGGAAAGGCAUUUCUUUUCAGAAAGCAGCUUGGAGGAUUCUUCCUGAAUUCCUGCCCGGACUGGUUUUAUUGCUUUAUAGCCACUCUCCUUUGUUUGUUCUCAGCGUGGAAUUUAACCCAACCCAACGCUUUUGUUUUUUUGAUGUGCAGUCCUGAGACUGUCACACCUCGUUAUUGAAAUAUGUUACCUCCACAAGGCUUCCAGGAGUGUUCCCAGCCUGGGGAUCCUGUGGGAUCUGCAGGAGCUGGUGAGAAAUGCUGGAAAUGUGAAGCACUUUGUGUGUCCAUAUUAAACUUGGGUGUUUCUCUUGGGUGUUCCCAGAGCGGGGAGAUGGAGCGGAGCUCACGAUCAAUUUGGACAUCCCAAAAACAUUGGGAUCAUCGAUCCCCCCACCCCUCUGUGUGUGUGAGAUGCAUCCGAGGAGUUUUGGAACCCUGUUGUGAUUUAUGCCUGUUUCUAAACGAGUUUUUUGGUUCCAGUUUUAAAAUUGGGAAAAGGAAGAAAUUCCCCCGUUGCUACUUUAAAGGAGACCCAACUCCUCCCUGUGUGUAAAGACCGUUUUUUUAAUCACUUUAUUCAUAUCAGCAAGGCCCAGUUUUCAGUAGUUUACACUUCUAAUGGACAACGAUACAGGAUUUGCAGUUGCAUGAACAGAAUUAACCUGGACACAUCCAC